GCUUAUACCAAAUCAUUUCUAAAAACAUCAUUUUUUUGGUUAAAUUUAAAAAGCAGCAACCAUGAAAUCCCCUUCUUUGCUUCAUAUAUUGCUCACCCUCUCUCUUGUAUUGGGCCUAUCCAAACAAGACCCAGACCCACUUCAAGACUAUUGUAUUGCUGACACAAAAGCCCCUUUGUCCCUGAACGGUGUUCCUUGUAUCAACCCAAAACUUGCAAGUUCUGUCCAUUUCACCACAUCGGUGCUUGCCAAAUCUGGUAACACAGGAGCCACUACUUUUGGCUUCAAUGUCACUCUCACCAACGUAAUUAAUUUACCAGGGAUAAAUACUUUGGGUCUGAGCUUGGCCCGUAUUGAUUUAGCGGCAAAUGGUCUUGUGCCACCUCACGUGCACCCACGGGCCUCCGAAGUAACUACUUGCAUUAAGGGCUUGUUGCUUGUGGGCUUUGUUGAUACUUCUAAUCGUUUGUAUACUCAACAGUUACGGGCUGGGGAGUCAUUUGUGUUUCCCAAAGGAUUAGUUCAUUUUUUGUACAAUAUUGACGGUAGAGGCCCAGCACUUGCUUUUUCUGGGCUUAGCAGCCAAAAUCCUGGGACACAAAUAGGUUCUCUUGCUGCCUUCGUGUCACAUCCUUUGAUACCAGAUGAAGUUGUGAAAAAAGCAUAUCAAAUCACCACACAAGAUGUCAUGAAGAUCCGUAAAAACCUUGGAGGAUUAUAAAUUUUACUCUAAAUGUGAAUAUUCAAUUCAACUAUUGGGUCACACAUGUAAUAUACUCUAUUUUAUGUUUGGCAAUUCAGGUAGCCCUUGUUUGACUUGUACUUAAACAUUAAAAAAAAAGUGAUGAUAUAAUAUAUAUAUAUAUAUA